AUGCCAUACCUGGGGUCAGAAGAUGCAGUGAAAGACCUUAAAAGGGCACUGUCUAAUCCUCACAUCCAGACAGACAGGCUGCGGUAUAGGAAUGUCAUCCACAAGGUGAUUCGACACAUGACCCAGGGAGUGGAUGUAUCCAGUGUGUUCAUGGAGAUGGUUAAGGCCAGUGCGACUGUAGAUAUUGUACAGAAGAAGCUAGUUUACUUGUACAUGUGCACAUAUGCUCCUCAGGAACCUGACCUUGCCCUCCUUGCUAUCAAUACUCUGUGUAAAGACUGUUCAGACCCGAACCCCAUGGUGAGAGGACUUGCACUACGGAGCAUGUGUAACCUCAGAAUGCCUGGCAUUCAGGAAUACAUACAGCAGCCUGUUCACAAUGGUCUAAGAGACAAAGCUUCCUAUGUGAGAAGGGUAGCUGUGCUGGGAUGUGCUAAACUGCAUAUUCAGCAAGGAGACAUGGAAGUUGAUGGAGCCAUUGUGAACGAGCUGUACAGUUUGCUUCGAGAUCCAGAUCCGAUUGUUUUGGUGAACUGCCUGCGGGCUUUGGAAGAAAUACUGAAAACAGAAGGAGGCGUUGUCAUUAACAAGCCUAUAGCUCAUCAUCUUCUUAACAAGAUGGCUGAUUUGGAUCAUUGGGGACAGAGUGAAGUUCUGACAUUUCUCCUUCGCUACAAACCACGCAGUGAAGAAGAGAUUUUUGAUAUUCUUAACAAACUGGACAGUUAUUUGAAGAGCACACAUAUCAGUGUAGUCAUGGGAGCAACCAAACUUUUCUUGAUUUUAGUAAAGGAGUUUCCUCAUGUGCAGACAGACAUUCUUGUCCGACUAAAAAGUCCACUGCUUGCCGCCUGUACCUCUGAAAGUAGAGAGAUGUGUUUUGCUGCUUUGUGCCAUGUCCGAGAGAUUCUCCGCAGUUUGCCAGGGCAUUUUAGCAGUCAUUACAAAAAAUUUUUCUGCUCAUACAAUGACCCUCAUUAUAUUAAGGACCAGAAGAUCGACAUCCUUUGUGAACUGGUUAAUGAUGAAAAUGUACACAACAUACUUGAAGAACUCCGAAUAUGCUGUACAGAUGUAUCAAUACAGCUUGCCCACACUGCGAUCUUUGCAAUCGGUCGCAUUGCAAGAACAUACAGUGAGAGGUGUGUGAAAAUCUUGGCAGGCUUGCUGGAGUUCAAACAAGAGCACAUUACAUCAGCUGUCAUGCAGACCUUUCGGGACCUUGUGUGGCUGUGUCCUCAGUGUGUAAAUUCAGUGUGCCAAGCCCUUCCUGGCUGUGAAGGAAACAUUCAGGACAACGAGGGCAAGCAAGCCUUAAUAUGGCUUCUGGGAAUGCAUGGAGAGUUCAUAACCAAUGCACCGUAUGUGUUGGAGGAAUACGUUGAUAAUAUUAAGACAGAGACCUCGCCAACUGUAAAAAUGGAGCUCCUGACAUCUCUGCUUCGGUUGUUUCUCUGUCGACCAGCUGAGUGCCAGGACAUUUUGGGCCGUCUUAUUUUUUAUUGUAUAGAGGAGGAAACUAACAUGGCUGUCCGAGAUCGAGGUCUCUUUUAUUACCGAAUUUUGUCAACUGGAGUGACUGAAGUGAUGAAAGUUCUCAGUGGUCCAAAAUCAGACCCAUCAUUGGGAGUUUUGGUUGAUAGAACAGAGCAACCAAUUAACAGCUGGGUAGCAGAUUUCAACACCCUGGCUCCUUUAUAUGACAAGAAGCCUUAUGAGUCACUUUCUGCCAGUCUUGCUAAAUGUGAACUGCCUUAUGUUGCAAAACAGCUUGAAGGUAGGUUUAGUAUAAUAAACACAUUUUGCAUUUUUUUUUUUUUUUUUUUAGUGGUGCCAUUUUCAAGCCUCACAGUUGUGAAAAAAACCUAUGGUAAACCAAAUCUUGGGGUCUCAAAAUAA